UUUCUCCUCUCCCCAUCGCUCGGCCGGUCCAAUGGCCACCGACUCUUCCUACCCCGUCGAGUUCUUCCACCGCGGCGGCGGCGACGGCGACGGCGACGGCCAAUGGUGCAGCCUCGGCGCCGCCUACGCCGCCGUCCGGGUCCUCCGCCCGCAGGGCCACUCCCUCGUCAUGUACACCGUUCCCGACGACCGGCCCCACCAGCGGAUCCUCUUCGCGUACCCGAUCCUCCAUGGCGACGCCUUCGAGAGGCUGGACGGGUCCACGCUCUCCUGGGCGGGGCAAGGCUCCGGCGAUGAGUUUGCUCUCUGCUUCCGCGACGAGGCCGCCUGCGCAGCGAUCUGCGGCGCCAUCUCCCCGGUGACGACGGCGCUUGCAGCCCUGGACGACAUCGCUGACAGGCUCGAGGGGUUGCGAGUGGCCGCGGCGGAGGGGGGCGCCACGGCCGCCGGAGGGGACAUCGCUUGUCGGCUCGCGCAGCUUAGCUUAGCCCGCGGGCCAUGAACUGGGCUACCCGGAGAAUUGAAACCAGCCAGAUCAAUUUACAUCGCUUUGUUCCGAAACUGCAAUUGUUAACGCAACAGAUGGAAAGAUUGCAGACUAUGAUGCCCAGUAAGGAAUUUCUUUUGAAUUUGGGUGGAACCCAGUCGUGCGAAAUUCGUUUGUUCACGGAGCAGAGACAUAUUUUCAACUCACGCACAUCACAGCAGGGCAACACCGUGCUGAAGUUUCUUUUAAGAUGCUGGUAGAAGUGCUGAAUGGUUGCAGCUACCAUGACGGGCUAUUUUCCAGCUGAACCUUGCAAUCUUGUAUCCUCGUUCA